AUGGCAAGCAAGUACUUCUACUUUGACCACGACUGUUAUGGAGUGGGAUUUUAUGAGGAAGAAAUAGUGACCGAAUCUAAGCGGAGGGCGGCUACAGCAGCGCCCUGUAGCCGCUUUGAAAGAGGUGUUCGAGCACUGCAUGAGCUAGGCCAUGGUGACCACAUGAGCUAUAAAUACAAUCAUUACUACAACUACAACCACGAAAAAAAGAAGAAAAUGCAAACCAACCGCUGUGAGCAUAGACGGGGAAAGCUAGAGGCGCCUGGGAAAGCAGCUGGAGUAGUUUCUCAUCGCUCCAAUAAGAGGCCACAAAAACACAAGUUCACCAGUGGGCAACUGCAUGAACUGGACAGGGUUUUCCAAGAAACCCAGUAUCCUAGUGCACAUCAAAGAAAAGCACUUGCAGAACUCAUUCAUGUGGAUGAAAGCAAGGUGAAGGAUUGGUUUAAAAAUAACAGAGUUAAAUACAGGAAAAAACAGAUGGAGUUACUACACAGCAAUAGCACAUCUGGUAUUCUGAACAACUUUUCCCCUGAGAUGAAUGAAGAUCAGAAGAGUGCUUGUGUUCCUGAGGAGCCAGUAGGGUUCAUCUUGUGCCAGCAACAUCUUGGCCAAUCCUGCUGGUCAUGA